AUGGAGUCGAAACCGGCAGAGACGCAUGUCGUCGAAGGACGACUUUCGCCAACGUCGUCUCCCCAACCGGACAGCCCAGAGACACGACAACGACAGUAUGUAUCGAAACUGGUACCCUCGGAUCCCAAGCACGUUACUGUGCUAUUCUUCCUGGUUGCCACGUUCCAGGCGGUCAUCAAUGGAUAUUGCACGUCGAUGAUGAACGCGCUUAAUAUCCUCCCCUCAUAUACCGACUACUUUACUCUCACCACCGCCACGCUGUCAUUGAAUACAGCAUCCGUGUGGGUGGGUGGGAUCGUGGCCGGAUUCUUCUCCGGCCAGUUCUGCGACUGGCAAGGUCGCAAAUGGACCAUGUUCUGGUCUGCGGUGCUGUGCAUCAUCGGCGCCAUCAUCCAGACAGCGGCUCAGAACAUCGGCAUGUUCGUAGCUGCUCGCAUCAUCAUUGGCCUGGCUUGUGGGCUCGCAGGGGUGGGAGCAUCAACAUAUCUCGGCGAGACGGUGGCGGUGCAACAUCGCGCUUACAUCCUCGGGUACUUCUGGGACUGUUGGUUUGUCGGGUCGUUGAUCUCGGCCGGAAUCACAUAUGGCACCAAGGACAUUCUCAGUACGUGGGCCUGGCGGGCUCCUUCGCUGAUCCAGAUCGCACCGCCGCUGCUCGCCAUCGGCAUCCUUCCGUUCAUUCCCGAGUCGCCGAGAUGGUUGGUCUAUCAGAACCGCGUGGACGAGGCCCUGGAAGUGCUGGCUGUGUCCCACGCCUGGGGCGACAAGACAGACCCCGUCGUCGUCACAGAGUACCGUGAGAUCACCCAGACGCUCGAGUUCGAGAAGACAAACGGCUCGACUUCGGUUCUCGAGAUCAUCCGCACCCCUGGAAACCGGAAACGCAUCAUGCUGUGCCUGAGUGUGGCCAUCUUCUCGAUGACCAUGGGCAACAAUGUCGUGUCAUACUACCUUGGGACCAUGCUCGAGCAGGCCGGCGUCACAGACAUGAACUCUCAGCUGCAAGUCAACAUUGUCAUGUCGGUAUGGUCGCUUCUAUGCGCCUUUGUCGGUACUGUCUACGUCGACAAGCUCGGUCGACGCUGGAUGGUCAUCCUGUCCACUGCCUCCGCCACAGUCUUUCUCUUCUUAACAGGCGCGUUCUCCGAUCUUUAUGGUAAUAGCACCAAUCAGUCAGGUUCUUAUGCAGCCGUGGCCAUGAUGUUCCUAUUUAUGGGGUCAUACUCAGCCGGCUGGACACCGCUUUCGUUCAUGUACCCGGUCGAAGUGCUGAAUUAUUCCACUAGAGCGACAGGCAUGGCAUUGUAUACCUUCUGGGCGAAUGGUAUGGGGUUGAUGAUCACCUUUGCCUUCCCCUAUUCAUUUGAUGCCAUUGGGUGGAAGACUUACAUGAUCAAUGCCAGCUUCAAUGUCUUGACAUUGAUCUACGUCAGCAUCUACUGGGUAGAAACUAGCGGGAGGAGCUUGGAAGAGGUUGAUGCUCUCAUGGAUGGAGAAAAGCAUGCCGAUGUGCCGGACGUGCUGGAUGUCUUGAAAGGGAAGGUGACUGUUUGA